GAUUUCGAAAUCCAUAUACAUAUAUACUUACAUCAGUAAUAAUGUACGUAUCCGAAUUCGACCCAUGUUCGUAGUUUGUGUCCGCAUAUAUAUACAGCACACGCGUGACAGCCAUCUAUAUACACAUAUACUGCAGUUCGUUCAGAUAGAUCACUCGGCGGCGGCGGCGGCGAUGGCGAUCGCCGGAGACGACAGCAACCACGGCGUCGACGACGCGCGCAUUGCGCGCAUCGCCGCCGCCAUCACCGUCUUCCCCGGCUUCCCCAAGCCAGGGAUCUCGUUUCAGGAUGUCACGGGUAUAUUUCACAAACCGGAGGUAUUCCGUGAUGCCAUCGGGCUGUUCGUCGAGAGGUACAAGGGCAAAGGGGUCACUCUUGUAGCUGGCAUUGAAGCUAGAGGGUUCUUUUUCGCUCCAACCAUUGCAUUAGAGGUAGGAGCAAAGUUUGUUCCACUAAGGAAGCCGAGAAAAUUGCCAGGUGAGGUGAUCUCAGAAGAAUAUUCUCUGGAAUAUGGAACAGAUAAAAUAGAAAUGCAAAUAGGAGCUGUAGAGCCAAAUGAUCGAGCUAUCAUCGUUGAUGAUCUCAUUGCUACCGGUGGAACCCUCUGUGCAGCCGUCAAACUUCUUGAACGUGCUGGAGCAGAGGUGGUUGAGUGUGCUUGUGUUGUUGAACUUCAAGAGUUGAAGGGGAGAGAAAAGCUAGGAAAGAUACCAGUUUUUGUUCUGGUGGAGACAAAUUAACCGGCAUACUAACCAGACAGCAAUGGACAUGUUUUUCUUAGCCAAUGUAAUAUUUAUUUUUUGAAGGUUUUACUAUGAAUGUUGCAACAAUUU